AUGGAAGAGGAACGUCUCGCAAGACUGGGAAAACGAUCAGCCACGCAAGCUGACCUUGACGAGAACUUCCAGACGUCAAAAUCUCAACGGACUGAUGCCGCUGACAGCCAAGAGUUGAGAAACGCUGCCCCUGUUCUGAAGGUACAGGAGCAAGCAGCCAAUGCCCUCGAUCUACCUUUCGCCAAGGGAGCCUUCAGGAGAACCUGGGCACGAGGAUACCCGAGGACGGGCGAUGAUAUCAAGAUCGAAGAAGUAUUGCAAAAAGAGCAGCUGCAGCUCGCCGUUCUUUCCUCUUUUCAAUGGGAUGAGGAGUGGCUUCUAUCGAAGAUCGACUGUCGGCGCACCAAGAUGGUGCUGGUUGCGUAUGCAGCAAACGACGCAGAGAAAGCAGUGAUUCGGUCAAACGCCCCUGCUGGGCUCAUCAGAUUCUGCUUCCCGCCCAUGCACGGCGGGUAUAUGCAUUCUAAGUUGCAGAUCCUAAAGUAUGAAGGGUAA